AUGCAAGUGGCCCGACUUGUAGAUGCAGAUCCCUCUCCCGCACCUUCGACUGUCGCCGCCGCCGCCGCCGCCGCUGACGGCGCGCAACACUGCCACCCCCGGCCCACCACCCCUACCUUUACCACAAACAGCAGCAUCAGCACCAGCACAACGUCGGUACCACCGCCGCCGCCACCGGCAACACUAGAACCAGCAGCACAAGCACCUCACGAGGAAAGAACGGCGCCCUCAGAACACUGCGCGCCUGCUUCUCGCACACACAAGAAAAGCCGCUGGGGCCAGCUGGCUCCCUGCUCCCAGCUCUCCCUCACAGGCCCCCGGCCGGCCGCCCGUGGAGCUCGCCGCCGCCGCCGCCGCCGCCGCUUGGAACAGCCCUGCCCCGACGCCCCGCCGGCCGGCAGCUCUGUGACGUCACAGGCGCCACCAAGGCCCCCCCGCGCCCCACCCGCGCCAGCCCUACGAAGCUGCCCUAGGCCACCGGCCCGACCGCCUCAGGGGGGCGCUCUCGCUGCCUUGCUGCUCCAGGGCCCCUCCGCUCCACGCCGCGGCCCGCCCCCGCCCCCGGGGCACGCGUCUUCCAGACCCCGGCUCGCCAAAGCCCUUCUCCACCGGGCGCUGGGCCAGGCCACUUCCCGCACCGACAGGGCACGCCACUCAUCCGCCUCCCACCCGUCCCGGCAGCUGUGCACCUAUGCCGCUGUGCACAGCUGCGCAGCUGUGCGUCGCGACCGGCAGCCCCCGACCCCGACAGGGACCCGGACCCGCGUGGCCCUGAAAACUCCGAGUGCGCGCUGCCUAUUGCCUCCGACGCGGGGAUCGCGCCGGGUGGAGGGGGCCCGAGACGCAAAGCAAGGCUGCGAGGAGGGGGUGGGCGCGCGCCGGGCCAUGGCCGGCGAGGAGACGCGCGGCCACACCGUCUUGCCGGCCUGUGGUGUGCGUGCCCUCGGUGCUUUUUCGCCUUGGGACCUUGGCCGGACCACACCUGCCUGCCUGCCUGCCGGCCUGCCGGGCCGCGUGCAGCCCAGCCUCCUGCUGGCCAGCCAACAGGGGGCCCUCCCUGCACGGGGCCUGGCGCAGGAGUCGCUCCCGGGAACGGUGCUCCACGCCGCUCGGCGACGGCGGCGGCGGCGGCGGCGGCGGCGGCGGUGGUGCCCGGUGCCCAUCUCCCACGCUCGCGGUCCCUGCACAGCCCCGAGCUCCGAUCCCUGCCCCCGCCCGCCCUCGCACGCCUCGCACCAGCAAGAAAGCCAGCCGCCAGAGGGACUGUGCGUCGGGGCGGGGGGUGGGGGGGGGCGGCUGCUGAGAGGAACGUCGGCGCUCAGCCGCAGCGGCCACGCCUCGCCUGCCCUGACUGGGAUUCGGGCGCGGGCCAGGCCGCUUCGGCUCCUGCCUUCCUCGGGCGACACCGACAGUCUCGCGGCGGCCGUGGACGGCAGAGAGAAAGCGCAGGACGGGCCGAGCACGCCUGCGUCCCUCCGUCCCUCGGUGCUUCCGACCGCCUCGCGCCCUGGGGUCGCCAGCGUGCCCGGAGCCUCUCAUUCAGGUGGCCCGUCGGCCUCCUGCUCAAAUGGAGCACAUGCCCACGGGGCGAGCAGUGACCAGGGUCCGGCGGUUGGCGGCGAGCGCCGCUGGGGCAGCGCCGGGGGCCGGCGGCCAUCGCCGCCGCCGCCGCCGCCGCCGCUUGGAACAGCCCUGCCCCGACGCCCCGCCGGCCGGCAGCUCUGUGACGUCACAGGCGCCACCAAGGGCCCCUCCGCUCCACGCCGCGGCCCGCCCCCGCCCCCGGGGCACGCGUCUUCCAGACCCCGGCUCGCCAAAGCCCUUCUCCACCGGGCGCUGGGCCAGGCCACUUCCCGCACCGACAGGGCACGCCACUCAUCCGCCUCCCACCCGUCCCGGCAGCUGUGCACCUAUGCCGCUGUGCACAGCUGCGCAGCUCGGCAGCCCCCGACCCCGACAGGGACCCGGACCCGCGUGGCCCUGAAAACUCCGAGUGCGCGCUGCCUAUUGCCUCCGACGCGGGGAUCGCGCCGGGUGGAGGGGGCCCGAGACGCAAAGCAAGGCUGCGAGGAGGGGGUGGGCGCGCGCCGGGCCAUGGCCGGCGAGGAGACGCGCGGCCACACCGUCUUGCCGGCCUGUGGUGUGCGUGCCCUCGGUGCUUUUUCGCCUUGGGACCUUGGCCGGACCACACCUGCCUGCCUGCCUGCCGGCCUGCCGGGCCGCGUGCAGCCCAGCCUCCUGCUGGCCAGCCAACAGGGGGCCCUCCCUGCACGGGGCCUGGCGCAGGAGUCGCUCCCGGGAACGGUGCUCCACGCCGCUCGGCGACGGCGGCGGCGGCGGCGGCGGCGGCGGCGGUGGUGCCCGGUGCCCAUCUCCCACGCUCGCGGUCCCUGCACAGCCCCGAGCUCCGAUCCCUGCCCCCGCCCGCCCUCGCACGCCUCGCACCAGCAAGAAAGCCAGCCGCCAGAGGGACUGUGCGUCGGGGCGGGGGGUGGGGGGGGGCGGCUGCUGAGAGGAACGUCGGCGCUCAGCCGCAGCGGCCACGCCUCGCCUGCCCUGACUGGGAUUCGGGCGCGGGCCAGGCCGCUUCGGCUCCUGCCUUCCUCGGGCGACACCGACAGUCUCGCGGCGGCCGUGGACGGCAGAGAGAAAGCGCAGGACGGGCCGAGCACGCCUGCGUCCCUCCGUCCCUCGGUGCUUCCGACCGCCUCGCGCCCUGGGGUCGCCAGCGUGCCCGGAGCCUCUCAUUCAGGUGGCCCGUCGGCCUCCUGCUCAAAUGGAGCACAUGCCCACGGGGCGAGCAGUGACCAGGGUCCGGCGGUUGGCGGCGAGCGCCGCUGGGGCAGCGCCGGGGGCCGGCGGCCAUCGCCGCCGCCGCCGCCGCCGCCGCUUGGAACAGCCCUGCCCCGACGCCCCGCCGGCCGGCAGCUCUGUGACGUCACAGGGCCCCUCCGCUCCACGCCGCGGCCCGCCCCCGCCCCCGGGGCACGCGUCUUCCAGACCCCGGCUCGCCAAAGCCCUUCUCCACCGGGCGCUGGGCCAGGCCACUUCCCGCACCGACAGGGCACGCCACUCAUCCGCCUCCCACCCGUCCCGGCAGCUGUGCACCUAUGCCGCUGUGCACAGCUGCGCAGCUGCGGGGAUACUCACCACUAUACUAACGAGGACGGCGGCCACCGCCCCCGCGCCCGGCCGCUCUCGGGCUGCCUGCCGACGCCUCCCCCUGCCCUCCGGCCCCCUGCCCACCACGGGCGCCCGGCACGUGCCCGACCCGACCCAACGCCACACCAACCGCGUCCUCCAAAGCGGCAGCCCCCGACCCCGACAGGGACCCGGACCCGCGUGGCCCUGAAAACUCCGAGUGCGCGCUGCCUAUUGCCUCCGACGCGGGGAUCGCGCCGGGUGGAGGGGGCCCGAGACGCAAAGCAAGGCUGCGAGGAGGGGGUGGGCGCGCGCCGGGCCAUGGCCGGCGAGGAGACGCGCGGGUGGGGGCCGGCGGCAGGGGGCUGGCCCGACGCGGCCCGGCUGCGUCCGGGGCCAGGGCUGGGCGAGGGCGCCACCGCGGCGCAGCCAGGCGCGUCGUCUGGCCGUGCUCCCCGUCGGCCGCCGCGCGCCCGCUCCGUCGCUCACCCAGACGGCCGCGCGCCUGGCGCGGAGCACCGCGUCCCGCCAAGGGCACCGGGGUUCGCGUCGCGUCGCGUCGCGUCGGGUCCCAGCCAGCCGAGCGGCCACGCGCACGCCCAGGCCCGCCGUCAGGAUGGCCGAGCGGUCUAA